AUGGCAUCCGGGUCACAACACUCUGCCCCAGCUUGGCCCAAUGGUACUGCACCAAAAAGUCGAAAGGCCAAAAACAGUGCAUUUGCCAAGAUACUACCACCAUCAAAUUCCCCCAGCUGUAAAUCUUUUGCGGAGUUCACCCGAUACCUGCUUGGCCACACCAGGAAUCACCCACAUUUUCCCGAACCCCCAACCGAUGAUCAACUGAUGUCACUCCCACCUCUAACAAAAGAAGACAUCAUCAAUGACAACUCAGUCUUCAAUAACUACAGCUCCAACAACCACCCAAAUCCAUUGGACUGGAGUGUAUUCAAGGCCCUUCUGGACAACGACAUGGCCAACAAACAAAUCGAAGGACCAUUCACUUUUGAUUGGGAAGAUGUGGGAGGUGAAAACGCUGCAUGGAAUCAAGCUAUGAUUUUUUUUACUGUAAAGCAUUGGAUGUUUGCCAGGAGAGCAUCUGCAUUCCAAAAGUUUGGACUGGAUACUGAAUGGAAGACAGAAGUUAUUUAUAUUGGUAUUGUUACUCGAUGGCUCAUUGGGCAAAUUGAACACUGGAAGAAUAAGUUUGACUCGCCAGAGAAGAUUGCACAGCGGGAGCGCAGUAGGAAGCGACGAGAUCUCUAUAUAUACCGUAAAUCCACAGUCAAACGAUACCUCAAAGACUUUAUAGAUCUCCUCCCGGAAGCGGCAUGUUGCUCGGAUACUGAGAUUGAUUCUCUUGGUCAAGAGCGCUCAAUUCAGCCUGAAUGGCGCAGUGCACAGUAUGGAGAGUGGCUUCAUAAGAUUGAUGGUCUUUCCUACAAUCAUCAAGCCACCGUGAAGUUGAGGACUCAUGCAGCUAGGAGAUUUGAUACUCGACGUGAAGCGGGCAACAAGAUCAAUCCUAUGGCAAAAGUAUGUGGUAACCUUCCAGAAAACUGCUAUGAUCGUGGGUUCUUAGAGCAAUGUGGUGACCUUGAGAAAUUGAGAUUGGGAGUUACAAACAACACUUCACGCCUUGACAAUGCACUGCAGGCUAUUGCUAGAUUGUGA